UUCAGAUUGUAAACAAAGUGUCCGGUGCACCGUUGUUCGCUAGUCCUGCUUUACAGCACCAAUCUGGCCGCGAUGGAUGAUAUCGAAAGCAUUUCGGACUCUUCGGACGAUAACGAUAACGUCGAUCGGUCGGUUUUCACCGAAACACUCGAAGAAUGCGCACAGAAAAGCGCCAACAGUAGUAACGCCGUAUCGUCCACUGCCGGCGAAGCACAGCCGGACACGGUACCAAACACGGCACGCAGAAGAAGCAUCGUGAACCGCAACGACAAUGGUAGCGAAAACAACAGUGACGGCAACGAAACCAAUGGCACCAGGAGGGGCCGCUCGAAGCGCAACCAGCGGAACCGGCUGUUUGAUGAAAACUCCAAAUUCCUGGCCGACUUCGAUCCGGUCACGUCGCAGCGAGAAAAGCGCAAGCUGGCGCGCAACAUACGCGCGGCGUCGAAAAAGCUCGGCCUGUACGACGACAAGGGUGUGCUGCGCAGCAACGGCGUCGACAUGUGCGACUGUCUCGAGCUGAGCUGCCCCGGGUGCCACAUGCCCUGCCCGGACUGUGGCAGUGGCAAGUGCGGGAAGGUGUGCCGCAAGAACCGGAAAUGGAUGUACGACGAGAUCACGAUGGACGCGAAGGAUGUGGUGAAAGUGAAUCCGUACAGAAAGUAAACGUGCGCGCUGUGUCAUUCUCUCUUUCUCUCGUGUGUAGAAUUAAUGAUCUUUUAUUUCCAUCUUUCGUAUGUUCCAUAUUUCGUAUAGUUGUACAUUAAGUAAUAAACGUUACAAUAAACGGGCUAUCCUCUCGACAUUA